AUGUUGAUACAAUCGAUUGUGGAGCACUUGUCUUCUUCCUUAAUGAUUGUCGAUUCAUCAUUGAUAAAGACAACAACAUCUUCAUCCUCCUCCUCCUCGGGGAAGAAUUCAUCAGCUGCCUCUCCAGGCCAUCUUGAUCAUGAAUGCCUUAGUAAUGAAAUUUCAACAUCGACAUGUCCUCUACCGGCCCAACCAAAUGGAAUACCGAAUGGUAGACGUCCUCCUAGUGUUUCGCCCACAAAUAGUUCAAAGAGUUUGCUUAGCUCGAAGGGUUCUGCUGUUUCUUCCAAUAAAAAUUCUUCAACUUCGAGCUGGUUUCAGAUUUUUAGUUUGAAUGAAAGUUUGAGUAAUUCCAAUAAUGUAAAUAGAGAAGAAAUGGAAAAGAGUAUGAAUUUAACAAGGGAUUGGACUGAAUAUUGGCAAAAUUUCAUGAAUCGUGUUGAGAAUGAGUAUCAAUGUCAGGAUGAAUCAAUUGACCAAGCAUGUGAACUUGUCAGACAGAAAGUUCCAUUGAUAGAAUCGAGAAUUGACAUGUUAUUUGAUGAAAUGUUUAAAAAGUUGGAAAAUUGUAAAUUGGAAAUGAAGAAAUCUGUAAAUAUUUAUUCUGAGCAAAAGUUGACAGAAUUGACCAAGCUUAAACGUGUAAAAAGAGAAUGGAAUGAUUGGUUGAAAGAAGAGGAGCCAGUACAGAGCUUGAAAAUAGUAACUGAAAAGAUUGUUGAAUUGCAAGAAGUGUUAAAGAACUUGCCAAAUGUCAAACAAGCUCAUGAAUUUGAUGUGAUUGGCAUGGAUGCUGAAAUUGACUGGUUUCUGGAUAGUGUGCGAGUAGAUAGAUUUAAGGAAAGUUCCAACGAUCAUCAUUCAAUAUUGAAAAUGGAUCAGAAAUUUUGGGAUCAAUUGUCACGAUCCAAGUUUAGAAAUUUGUGUGAACAAGACGAAACCUAUCAAUUACAAAUGGGAUUGAAAAAUAUCAAAUCGAAUAGAAUUUCUCGUGCCAUUCAUUGGCUAGAACAAUCUGCCAAUCAGGGAAACUCCAUAGCUCAAUAUCAACUCGGAUGUUUAUACCAAACUGGUAAGGGAGUAAAAUCUGAUAUUCUAACGGCAAAAUCAUGGUUUGAAAAGGCCUCCAAUAAUCCAGAUGCACUCAACGAUCUCGGAUGUAUCUACAGCAAUGGAUUAGCCGGUGAGAUUAACCACAAGAAGGCAAGGGAAUUAUUUGAAAAAUCGGCCAACCAAGGUCAUGCACUAGGUCAGAAGAAUCUUGGAGGUUUAUAUCUGAAUGGAAUGGGUGUAGAGCAAGAUUAUGAUAAGGCAAAGGAAUGGCUGGAGAAAUCUGCACGUCAGGGUAAUUCUGAUGCGCAGUACUACUUGGGAUGUCUCUAUUAUUAUGGUUUUGCAAAGGAAGAUUCGAAUGCAGUUUCAGAUGGAUUGGCAAUUUGGUGGUUUGAAAAGUCGGCUGCUCAAGGAAAUGAAGCUGCAAAGGAGAAACUUGCUGAAUUGCUUGAUGAGCUGUAA